AAUCUAACUAAUAGCAGAAGUUUGAAACACAAGCAAAAGUGGGAUGGAUAAAAACCUCUCCUUACAACAGUAGUCAAUAGCCAUGGCCACCAACACUUGUACCCUUCGGAUUCUUACCCUCAUUGCCAUCUGCAUACCUUGUGCCAUAUCCUUCCAGUUGGAUUUUCCAGCAGUUUUCAACUUUGGCGAUUCAAAUUCUGAUACUGGUGCUCUUAUUGCCGCUGGUUUUGAGAGCCUUUACCCACCAAAUGGACAAACUUACUUCCAAAUACCAUCGGGGAGAUACUCUGAUGGCCGUCUCAUCAUCGAUUUCCUUAUGGAUGCUAUGGACUUGCCGUUCCUAAAUGCCUAUCUGGAUUCUCUGGGUUUGCCAAAUUUUAGGAAAGGUUGCAACUUUGCUGCAGCAGCUGCAACUAUCCUCCCAGCCACUUCAUCAUCCCUCUGCCCCUUCUCCUUUGGGGUUCAGGUGUCUCAGUUCCUCCGAUUCAAAGCUAGGGCCCUUGAAUUGACUGCCAAAGGCAGGAAAUUUGAUAAGUACGUCCCAGAUGAGAAUGUAUUCGAGAAGGGAUUGUACAUGUUUGACAUUGGCCAGAAUGAUCUUGCUGGAGCAUUUUAUUCAAAAACUUUGGAUCAAAUACUUGCCUCAAUUCCGACAAUUCUUUUAGAACUUGAAAAGGGAAUAAAGAAUCUCUAUGACCAGGGGGCUAGAUAUUUCUGGAUACACAAUACAGGGCCUCUUGGAUGCUUGCCUCAGAACAUUGCCAAAUUUGGAACUGAUGCAUCAAAGCUUGACGAACUAGGAUGUGUUAGUUCACACAACCAAGCUGCUAAAACCUUUAACCUACAGUUACACGCUCUCUGUACUAAAUUGCAGGGCCAAUAUCCCGAUUCAAAUGUCACAUACGUUGAUAUCUUCUCUAUAAAAUCAAACCUGAUUGCAAACUUUUCCAGAUACGGGUUUGAACAACCAAUUAUGGCUUGUUGUGGAUUCGGAGGUCCACCACUGAACUAUGACAGUCGAGUUUCCUGUGGGGAAACAAAGACCUUCAACGGAACCACAAUUACAGCACAAGCUUGCAAUGAUUCCAGUGAGUACAUAAGCUGGGAUGGGAUUCAUUACACUGAGACUGCUAAUCAAUAUGUAGCAUCACAAAUUCUCACCGGAAAGUACUCUGAUCCUCCUUUCUCCGACAAAAUGCCCUUCCUACUGAAGCUCAAGUUCUAGAUACCCCAUUAUAUUUAUUGCUAUCAUUAUUUGAUUCUUUAUGUGCUGGUAUCUUGAAAGUAAUAGCUGGUUGUAAUUCUGAAUGUCACUCAAGCUCUUAUUAAUGGUCUGUGAUAAUGUUCAAGGGUUGGUAUAUGACA